AUUUCACCUGAGCUGCAGGGUCCUGCUCCAGGCUGCUUCCAAGGCUCAGCGUGGGCGCACAAGGCUGGUUGUGGGCUCCCUCCUGGCUGUGAAGUGGGAAGAAGCUAAACUGGAAAAGGAGUGACUGAAGAAGUAGUUGAGGAACUGUCUGAAGGAACAAAUCCAUUUCUUAACAAGAUCAAGUUGGAAUUAAAUGGCUGAUAAACAGAUCAGGUUCAUCCCUGUGCCCCGAUUCCUUCACCAUAUCCCACUUAGUUCAUUCUUCCCAUCUCUGGAACCAUGAAAAUGCAGUGGUCUCUAGCCAAGCAAGGAGAUGUGUUGAAGCUUGAAGGAUACACUGUACACCUCUUCCCUUGCGACACAGGUCUGUCAUCCCUUAGCAGAAUGAGAUUGAUAACAAAAGACUAAAAUCCACAGCAGCAGUCUACUGCAAGUUUACCUGCCAAGCUGAUCAAUGGAGGGAUAGCUGGGCUGAUUGGGGUCACCUGUGUAUUUCCCAUUGACUUGGCAAAAACUCGCCUGCAGAACCAGCAGAAUGGCCAGCGGAUGUAUACCAGCAUGUCUGACUGCCUCAUUAAAACUAUUCGUUCGGAAGGCUACUUUGGCAUGUACAGAGGCGCUGCAGUGAACCUGACUCUAGUGACACCAGAAAAGGCUAUCAAACUGGCAGCCAAUGACUUCUUCCGGCAUCACCUCUCCAAAGAUGGGAAGAAGCUGACGCUGCUGAGGGAGAUGCUGGCAGGCUGUGGUGCAGGCACCUGCCAGGUGAUCGUCACCACUCCCAUGGAGAUGCUCAAAAUCCAGCUGCAGGAUGCAGGACGGAUUGCGGCACAGAAGAAGCUGAUGGCUGCACAGGCCCAGCUCUCUUCCUCUGCGGCCGGGGCAGCAGAGCCGGUGGUGGAAGCGCGCACGACAGCGACGCAGAUAACCAGGGAGCUGCUGCGCAGCAAGGGCAUCGCGGGACUCUACAAGGGCCUGGGAGCCACGCUGCUAAGGGAUGUCCCGUUCUCCAUCGUUUACUUCCCGCUGUUUGCAAACCUGAACAAGCUGGGCCAGAAAGAUCCCAAUGUCAAGGCCCCGUUCUAUGUGUCCUUUCUCUCUGGAUGCGUGGCCGGUAGUACAGCCGCAGUGGCUGUCAAUCCUUGUGAUGUGAUCAAAACACGGCUGCAGUCCUUGCAGAGAGGAGUCAACGAAGACACGUACUCAGGAAUCCUGGACUGCACCAAGAAGAUCUGGCAGAAGGAAGGACCCAUGGCCUUCCUGAAAGGGGCGUACUGCCGAGCCCUAGUCAUCGCUCCUCUCUUUGGCAUCGCACAAGUCGUCUACUUCAUUGGCAUUGCGGAGUUCCUCCUGGACAUACUCCCCAAGCACCGGGCCUAGCCCUGGCAUGCCUGCCUGUGCCACCCGUCCUCUGCCACGCCGGAUUCAUCCCUGUGUUCGUCGUCCAUGUCGAGUGGUGUGAGAGCAACAGCACAGAGGGUUCGCAUGGGAACAUGGGGAAUAUGGUCUCCAGAUGAGCAAACAUGGGGAGGGAGAGUCUCUUUUCUAUCUUCAUCUGGAGCCUGUUCCCUCUCCCUCCUUCCACGGACAAUACCCAAUUAUGCAUAUCUCUCUUUUUUUU